UAAAUAAUGAGCUUAAUCCGUUUUAAUAUAUUGGCAUUGACAAUGGGAGUUUGCUUAUCAGCCAUGACUCCAUAAGCCUCCUUAUUGAUGAAAUCAUUUCAUUAAGUAUAUUGAAGAUUAAACCCCUUAGUUUAGCCAAAGCCCAUAUAGUGAUUAAUUGAAGGAAUUAGUAUAAAUUAAAUUAGAAACUGGAGGAUAAGUAGAUGAAGUUUUAAAACUUAUUUAAGAAUUAUUAGAUUCAUUAAAAUAAGAUUAAGUUGAUGAUGAUAUUGCACAUUCUAGAUAGAUGGCAGUUUUUGAUUAGAAUAUUAGUGAAUUAGAAGAUGAUCUCUCUAGAUUAAAUACAGAUUUAGCUAAUGCUAAUAUAUUGAUCUAAACUCUAGCUGAAUUAUUAGUCAUUCUUAGAGAAACCAUAAUUACCUAUGAAAAAUAAUUAGCAAUUCUUAAUGAAUAAGAAUAAUUUAUAAGAAAUGCUAGAGCUGCUGAUAUCAAAGCUUAUAAUAGAAGAGUUGAAUAAGCAAAUAAGGUUAUUAAUGCAUUAAAUCUAAUCAUUGAAAAAUUAAGCAGAGCUGUUGAUCAAUAAACCUCUGAAUAAGAUAGAUAAACUAUAUUAACUCAAAUUCAUGCUGAGUGUCAUUAAUAAUUCGGUCCUAAUCAUCCUAUUACAAUUCUUAUUAAAUUAACUACUAGAUUUGACAUUCCCACUGUCUAAAGAAUUUUAGAAAAACUAGAAUAAAUUAGAGAUGGUGCUGCCAAAAGUCUUAAUGAAGAUAUUGCAGCUGAAGAAGUAGCUAAAUCUAAUUUUGAUACUUCUAUGAGUGAAAUUGAAACAUUAAGAAAAAGAUUGUCCACCGAUCUUGAAAAUUUAAAUCAAUAAUUUAAUGACAAAUUCAAUUAAUAAGUAAAAUCAUUAUUAAAUUAAUUUAGAAAAUUGUUUUAGCCUAAAAAGAACAAUUGCUAAUUGAUAUUCCUAUCACUGAAGAACUUUUGCAACUAACUAAAGAAUAAUAAGAAUAAUACCACUAAGCAUAUAUCAGUAGAUAAACAUAAAGGUAAUUCAUUAUUAAUCAUAUAGAUUAUCUGAAAUUGAAGUUGUAUAAAAGGCGUAUAAUUUAGUAUUUGAUCAUGUUGAUUCUGUCAAAAAAUCAGAAGAUCUUACAGCAAAACUUAACAGUUGAUUAAAUAUUAAAGUUAUUAUAAUAACAAG